UGCUGCUGAAUAAUUCAGCUGGGAGUAGGCAUCUUGGGUCACCUUGUGCAGCCGGCUGCCUGCUGGAGCCGGCUUCCUAAGAUGGAGGUUGUGCAGGAUGCGUGCAGGAUCGCCUGGCUGCCAGCAGCUUGCCAUUGUUGACUGACUGCAGGUGAGCGUGGCAGGCUAUGGGAUGGAUGAAGCUGAGCAGGACCAGUAUGAAGCUCGCCUCAAGGAGCUCUUUGACAGCUUUGACAGCACAGGCACAGGGUCCCUGGGGCAGGAGGAGCUCACUGACCUCUGCCAUGUGCUGCACCUGGAGGAGGUAGCCCCGGCGCUGCAGCAGACCCUCCUCCAAGACAACCUCCUAGGCAGGGUCCACUUUGAUCAAUUUAAAGAAGCACUUAUCCUCAUCUUAUCCAGAACCCUGUCAAAUGAAGAGCACUUCCAAGAACCAGAUUCCUCCCCGGAAGCACAGCCCAAGUACAUCAAAGGCGGCAAGCGCUAUGGCCGGCGGUCCCUGCCGGAGUUCCAGGAGUCCGUGGAAGACUUUGCUGAGGUGACCGUCAUUGAACCGCUGAGGGAGGAAGCGUGUCCCCCACACAUCGCCUCCAGCGGCUGUGAGGAGCACUGGAAGACGCGAGACAGCGAGGAGUAUGAGGCUGAGGGGCAGCUCCGCUUUUGGAACCCUGAUGACUUGAAUGCCUCCCCUGGCACCUCACUGCCUAGCCCGGACUGGAUAGAGGAGAAACUGCAGGAGGUCUGUGAGCACCUUGGCAUCACCAGGGAUGGCCACCUGAACCGGAAAAAGCUUGUUUCCAUCUGUGAGCAGUACGGGCUCCAAGCAGCAGCUGGGGAGGUGCUUGAAGAGGUACUCCAUAACCUGGAGCAAGAUGGCACCAUGAGCAUAGAGGACUUCUUCUAUGGCUUGUUUAAAAAUGGAAAGCCACUGACGCCCUCAGCAUCUACACCGUACAGACAACUGAAACGACACCUUUCCAUGCAGUCCUUUGAUGAAAGCGGGAGGCGCAUGAUCACCCACUCUGCCAUGUCCAGCACCAUUGGCUUCUGCCUCUUCUCCAGCCUGGAUGAUGGGAUGGGCUAUGGCUGUGUGGAGGGUGUCCUUGACUGCUGGCACCAGGAGGGCAUAGAGAACAGCCAGGAGAUCCUGAAGGCUUUGGACUUCAGCUUGGAUGGGAAGGUGAACCUGACAGAGCUGACGCUGGCUCUGGAAAAUGAGCUUUUAAUAACCAAGAAUGGAAUCCAGCAGGCAGCCCUGGCAAGCUUCAAAAUGGAGAUCAGACACUUGCUGGAGAGAGCUGACCAAGUGGCCAGAGAGAAAGAGAAGCUGCGGUCGGACUUGGAAAAAGCUGAAAAGUUGAAAUUCCUGAUGGCCUCCGAAGUGGAUGACCACCAUGCUGCAAUUGAGCGCCGGAAUGAGUACAACCUCAGGAAGCUGGAUGAGGAGUACAGGGAGCGAAUUGCAGCUCUAAAGAAUGAGCUCCAGAGAGAGCGGGAGCAAAUCCUGCAGCAGGCUAACAAACAGCGCCUGGAUCUGGAGCAGGAGAUAGAAAAGCUGAAAAAUGAUGAGAACUACAUCCGCGACCGCCUGGCCCUUUCCCUGAAGAAAAACAGCCGCCUGGAAAGUGAGCUAUUGGAAAUGGGAGAAAAACUGUCCAAGUAUGAAAGUUUGGCAAGCAAACUACAGAGGAACUUGGAAAACGUCCUGACUGAGAAGUUUGGGGACCUGGAUCCCAGCAGCACAGAGUUUUUCCUGCAGGAGGAGAGACUGGCACAGAUGAGAAGCGAGUACCAGCAGCAGUGCAGAGAGCUGCAAGACCAGAUAGAUGAGCUGCACUCAGAGCUGGAGGAGUACCGUGCCCAAGGCAAAGUGCUCAGGCCUUCGCUGAAGAACUUGCUGUCGGAAGAGUUUGACAUUGAUAUGAAAAGUCAUGGCAAUAGUGGUAUUGAGCCUGACCAAGGACUUGGUUCAGAAGACUGCAACCCACUGAAUAUGAGCAUAGAGGCAGAAAUGGCUAUUGAGCAAAUGAAGGAGCAACAUCACAGGGAUCUACAUCACCUCAAACAGGAGCUUGAAGACACAGUGAGCCAUUAUGAAAAGCAGCUAGAUGAGACAAAAAUCCACUCUGAAAAGCAGCAAGAAGAUAUGAGGAAGAAGUACACUGAAGAGAUGCAUGUCAUGGAAAAGCAAAUAACUGGUCUUAAAAAUCAAAUCGUAGAACUGCAAGGAGAGGCAGCAGUGCUCAGAGAACAGCAGGAAAAGCUUGACUGUAAGCACAAUGAUGAGAAAAACAAAUUACAAAUGCGUUUUGAUGAGGAAAAAGCCAAUCUGCAAGAACUACUGAGGCAGGAGCAUGAAGAAGACAUUAGAGCCAGACUGGAUCAGAUAAAUGAGAAGUUUAGUCAAGAACGGGAAGAACUGAUUCAAAAUGGUGUCUGGGUGGAAGAAAAGAUGAGAGUUUUAGUGCAGACGCUGCAGGAAGAGAAGGUAGAGCUGGAACGUGGCUUUCAUGAGCAGCUGAAAAUGAUGGCUGAGGUGCAUGCCCUGGAGAAGGAAGAACUCCAGCAAGAGCUGCUGAGGAAGCAUGAGCAGGACCUGGAGGAGGAAAGGAAAAAAAUGGGAAGUGACUGUAACAGGAGAGCAUCUCAUGUGGAAACUCCGUUUUCUGCCAGCACACAAACACUUGUGAAUAAAUACGAAGAAACAAUCCAAAAUCUGGAAGGACAUUACCAGCGAGAGCUGCGUGAACUUGCUGAACAGCAAAGAGAGGCGAAAUCUCAGUGGGAGUUUGAAAAGGAUGAAAUUGCUCAGAAGGCUGCUGAAGCCCACGAGCAACUGAAGGAAAGUCUGGCAAAUGAAAAGGCCAUUUCUUCUGCCCUCACCCAGGAGAAAGAUCUCCUGGAGAAAAUCUUCAAGGAAGAAGUGAACAAGCUUGUGUGCGAGAGGGAGCAGCUUCAGAAGGAGCUGUGGGAUCUGAGGAGUGCUGCUGAGAAGCAAGAGAAAAGGCUGAAUGAUGAAAUAACACAACUCCAAAAUGACCAUGAGAAAGAGCUAAAGAGCAAAGAGGAGCAUAUAUCUGUGGUGGAGGAAAAUGGGAAGCUGUUUAGGCAAAAGCUGGAGAGACUUCACAGUGAAUAUAAGCAAGAGAAAGAAGACCUCAAUUCCAAACUUCUUGCUUUGGAGAGUUUAAACCAGGACAUUUGUGUAAGAGCAGAAACAGAAAAGGCCAAGAUGAAUUUAGAAAUCUUAAACCUUCAAGGGAGAAUACAGAAAUUGCAGUGUGAGACCCAUUGUUUUUCUGCACUACAAAAUCGUUAUAGGGUCCUGGAAAAUGAGUAUACAAACGCAAAGAGCAGAAUUGCUGCUUUUAGUGGUAUAGCACCUCUGGGAGAUGAUGUGGAUGUCCUCUUAAAUCUGCAGAAAGUGCAUGAACAAGCAGUGAAGGAAAAUGUCAGAAUGGCUGCUGAGAUAGUCAGGCUGCAGCACAAAUUGCAAGCAGCAGAGCAGGAGAUGGUGCAGCCUCCCAGUCCUGGCUGCUCCUACUCCAGCUCAGAACAAUCUCAGCUGCCAGAUGAAAUGGAUCCCAUCUUUCAAGAGUUGCCCAGUGACUGUAACAGUGCAGACAAGGGAACAGAUUUGAAUGUCCAUUCACCUUUGGAGGCUGAUUCUACAGACCUGGAAGAAAUGACUGAGAUGGAUUCAGAAUUGGAGAAACCAUGUGUUAAAGCCAGAGCAGGCAGCCAUGCCUUCAAGGUGCAGGUGUGUCAAAUGCAAGGAAGGAAAGCAGCACUGGAAGCUGCUCUGGUUAACGCAAAUGACAUGCAUCUCCACAGAGAGAGAGAGGAGAGGCAGACAGUGGAGCACAGCUUACAAAGCACAUGCACUGAGCUGCAGCAAAAAGUUGAUCUUUUGAGAUUUGAAGCUGAGAAGCUCAGAGAAGAAAAUAUUAUUCUGAAAAAUGAAGUGACUUUAUUGAAUGAGGAGGGUAGUGCUUCCAGCCUGAAACUGAGGGAGCUAAAUGGGUCCCAAGAAGAAAUGCGGCAAAAGAUAGAAGCUGUGAGAAAGGAGAAAGUGGCUGUACAGAAGAUGGUUGACAACCUGAAAAAGCAGGUAGUAGAUCUGAAGACCAGAAACCAGCAGCUGGACUCUGAAAAUACAGAACUCAGCCAGAGGAACUCCAAAAAUCAAGCAGAUGUGCAGGAUCUUAAUCAACAACUGGCAAGGGUGCUCAAGCAAAAGGAAAGAGAAUCAGGAAAGUGUACCCUGGAAGAAUGGGAAAAGGAAAGACUGGUGCUAAAAGAGGAACUGCAAAACUCCAAAAUAAAGUCAUCAAAUAUGGUGUCUUCCUUGGAGACAGAGCUGUCAAAAAUGAAGGUUCAAGCUCACAUGCUGGAGCAGGAGAACCACAUUCUCAAGCAGGAACUUGAGAAGACAAAACAGCUGCCCAGAUGUCCUGAUCUCUCUGACCUUCAGAAUGAAGUUGCGAGCUUAGUUUCUAAAAACGAAAAGCUGCAGAAAGAAAAGGAAGCCCUGAGUGAGGAAUUAAACAGAUGCAUUGAUAAGGUGGCUAAAGCAAGCUGCUUAGAGAAUGAAGUUGGCAGCUUGAAGCAGGAACAGAAGUCCUGGGAACAGCAGAGUCAGACACUGAAAAUGCAACUCACAGUUUCACAAGAAAAGGUUCAGAGUCUAGAUGAAACACUGCAAAAUACAAACCUUCAAAUGUCCCGACUAAAAUCAGACUUACGGGUGAUGCAACAGGAGAAGGAAACUCUUAAACAAGAAGUGAUGUCUUUACACAAGCAACUGCAAAAUGCAAAUGAAAAGAAUCGGGUUCUAGAACUGGCUGUGCCUUCCUCAGGGCUGCAGGACCAACAGCAGCAAAUACACUGGGAUGAGCUGGACCAGCUGACGAAACAGGAGCAGCAGCUGCUCAGGCAGGAGAAUGAGAGGCUGCAGAGAGAAGUGCAGAGUGCUAAAACUGACCUGACUCACUCCAGGGAGAAGAUCCGACAGUUGGAAUCUACUAUCCUUUCCCUCAAGCACCAAAAGCAUCAAAGCCAGUUGGGCAUCAUCAAAGCCAUAGAGCAAGAGAAAUUAAGCUUGAAGAGAGAGUGUGAACAGCUUCAGAAGGAGUUGUCAUCUGCAAACAGGAAGAUCAGUCAGAUGAAUUCUCUUGAACGUGAACUGGAAACCAGCUCAGAAAAUGAAGGGCUAAGGAAAAAGCAGGUCAAACUGGAUGAUCAGUUAAUGGAGAUGCUCCACUCAAACACCAGUGUGAUACUUAGCCACUCACCGCAUUCCCGGGAGCUCCAGCAGCAAGGCUGUGCUAUGGUGCCCAAGGAACAGUUCCUGCAGCUCCAACACCAGCUACUACAAGCAGAGAGGAGGAGUCAAUGUCUUCAGGAAGAACUUGAAAACAGACCCUCUGAAACAAAUAUGCAACAGGGGGGUCAUGAGCAGCUUCUAAAAAUGAUGGAAGAACGCAUGAUUGAUGUUGAACAGAAAUUAAGGCUUGUGAAGAGGCUUCUCCAAGAUAAAGUAAAUCAGCUGAAAGAACAACUUUCCAAGAACACUAAAGCAGAUGCAAUGGUCAAGGAUCUCUAUGUUGAGAAUGCACAACUGCUGAAGGCUUUGGAGAUGACAGAGCAGCGGCAGAGAACUGCUGAAAAGAAAAACUACUUACUAGAAGAAAAAAUUGCCAGCCUCAAUAGGAUAGUAAAGAACUUGGCAUCCCCAUCAUUUCAUUCAGCAGCCGAGAUAAGGUCAUAGCAAAGACACGCAGUAUGCCACGGUCCCAUGCACUUUACUAAAAUCAUUUUUUAGCUUUUCACUGUGUUGCCUUUUUGUAUUGGUGAAUUUUAGUUAACGGGUAUCUCCAAGGAGAGGACAGAGCUAAAUCCCAAACCAGACACUGCCAAAACAGAAUUUUUGUUUAUUCCCAAACUGUUUUCCUGCUACGUUUUGUCUAAAAGUAAUCUUUGCUAUGUAAAAAGAACAAUACAUGGUUUUUUAGGUUAACUUAUUUUGAUACUUUUUUUUUAUUUUAAAUAUAAAUUAUGAAUUUACUGUACUGAAUCAAUUAUUCAUAUCUAGAUUGAAGCCAAGGUCUAAUGCAAACUUGCAUUACUGAAUUCAAACCUUUAAAAUACUGUUGGCCUUCUAGAAUACUUCAUGCUCCAAAACCAGUAAUAUUGAUAGGUGAGUCUUCAACACUGUCAGUAGAACUGGUAUUGAAAGCAAGACUUUCUUGAUACGGUCUGCGUCCUGCAAACUGAUUCUGGUUUCUGUAAAGCAAUAUGCUCCAGAUGCAUGGGGCUUCUGGGUUAUUCCUCAUGGCUGUUUCUCUGCAGAGCUCAGAGAAAAAAAAAAAGUUUUACUUAAAGUAUGUAAAUAGACUACUGCCUCCAAGUAAGUGUAACAGUGCUUCAUCUGAAGAAUUUUCCCAGCUGGCAACUGAAGACUGCUACUCUUUAUCUGUUUUUUUUAUGCUGUGCUGCCAGACAAUGUACAAAUUGUAGAGGCCUUAAUUUUUUUUUUUGUGUGUGGAGAUAAGUUACUAAGGAACAGAAGAGUCAUUAAGCUGAAGAUGGGAGUUUUGCUUACAUAAUUUAUAAAUUCAGUAAAGCAGCAGGACGAGUUUAUUAAAGAACUGGAAGAAGAAUGAAGAGGGGGAUUUGAAUCAUUUCAUCAGUGCAAUCCCAUCAUUAGGCCUCACAGAUGUGGACCUUUGCCAUUAACGCAGUGUUUGUUUCAAUCUGAGUAGUAAUUUGGAAAGGCCUGUCUUUCGCAUUAGGCCUUAGUAUAGAAUCUAAGUUUGUAAUUACUUGUGAGGAAACAUGUUCAAUGUGACUAUGAAGAACUCAGGGAAUAACAGCCUAAGUUAGUUUCCUUCAACAUUAUAAAUGUGGAUAUUAAUGUGAGUGGAUGAAGAUAAAUUUGCAUUAGGAAAGGCAGGACAAAACAAACUGCACUUGGAUGAGUAUUACCUUAGUACUCCUAGGCAAACAUGCAGAAGUUCUGUGGCUAUGAAGGUAGCGGAGCAUCAAGGUCCUGUUUGAUUAGCCCAUGAUGCUGGGGAGUUGCAAGUUUUCUGGGAACACCUUCAAGACUGAGAGGGGUCUGAAUUGGAAGCAGCUGAGUAAGAACUUGCAUGCUCAAAUGCCUGUAUGUAACUUAUUACUGCAAAUAGUCUAGAUGUCCUACAACUGCCUUGCCUCCAUCAGACCAGUAAGACAUUUAAACAAUGUAAGUAAAACUAGUGAAUGGGGCCAUACCAGCAAUGCUUCAAACAGGACCUCUUCAUAUACACGUGAAUUGAGAAUACAGAGGAGGAGAGCAGAUAGUUUGUCUCCGAGACCACUAGUGAGGUGAUGGUUCUGACUGCACUUGUAAUGAGCCAAAAGUCCCCCAGAAAUGGGGAUAAUACUGCCUACAAGCUCAGUACUGAUCAGCACGUGGCUGUAAGGGAUGCUCCCUAUGUCCAAGUGGUUAUUUACCAAUUUUGGAGGGUUGAGGGACUGAACUAGACACACAGGCUGAGGACCUCCUGCUCCCUUCCUUCCUGCAGGGAAUAUAGUGGAAGUGGAAAUACGAUCACAUAAGAAGAACACAUUGGAGUAUCAAAGUCUCUAUAAAUUACUUCACUGCUAUGCUAUUCUAAAUGCUUUUAGUAUGCUUUAUUCCAAGUAAUCUCAAAUUCAGGGAUUUAUAUAUCCCACUUCUCAGAGGCUGCAAAAAGUUUUUCGCUGUGUGUCAGCAAUACAGUAACUGAGCAAAAUUUCAGAAUACUUCCAGGAAACAAUCUUAAGCAGGGUCAGAUGAUCAGCACUGUAUUUUGGAAAAUAUUAUUAGCUAGCACAUUUUAACACUACUUCAUAUCUUGACCUAGGUAACCUUCUAACACUCAGUCUGUGACUGGUGUCUGAAUGUCAGUGAGAAGGAACGGGUACUUCACUUAAGCUAUUGUGGAAUUAGUUUCACAUUACUCAGUUUUAAAGGCUAGACUACUUAACUAAUUCUUUUAAUCUCCUGGUAGUUACCAGGCUUUUUUAAACCAAACAUACAGACAUUUCUAGAGCACAGUAGCAAAAAGGGAGCCGGGAUGCUGGAACAGAGGGAGAAAAAUGGAGUAAAGGGACUUUUGACUCCUCCCUUUCUCACCUAACUUGCUCUACUUUUCUUUCACUUAGCUUCUAAAAACUAAUUAAUCACAGGAGAGAGGAGGAGGAAAAUGUUUGGUAAAUAUUUCUUAGGCAAAACAUCAAUUUCACUGGAACACUUGUGUGAAUUAAUCCUCAGAAGUGCCUUUUUUAAUUACAUAUUCUAGAGCCUUUCUGUACUGUACUGGUUUUGUGGCUACAGGAUAAUUCAGGAUAACCCCUUCCCAAAAGGAGGGAACACAGAGAAAAGUAGUGCUGCUUGCAAACAAGUGUCACGUUGCUUCUUGGUUCAUUGUGUCAGCUCAGAGGAUAAGCAGCUAGUUUAUAAAGUCCACACUACUGAAAACAAGCAUAGAAACACAUAAUUUAUUAAGUAUUAGUGGUAUUUUGUGCAUGAAUGUGUAUCCUAUGCAGUACAGGCUUUUUAAAGAUACUAAAGUAUCUAUUGGUAUUGUUCCAGUUGAAAAUCACUGAAUUUCUAGGCCUCACUCAUUACAACAGGUCUUGUCAAUUAAGAUACUAACUACCUUGUCACCAGAAGAUGUUUUAAAUGUUUUCAACUCUUGCUUUAUGAAUCACUGUGAAAAUGAAGGCACAUGGAUAUCUCGGGUUGGGAGUUUGGGAAGGGGAGAGACACCAAGUUAAGUUUAUGUGUACUGAAUUCACACAGUUAAGUGCUACUUGUCAAUUUAGAAUUAUUUAAAAGGAUACACUGUCACAUGUUCUCUAAUUACUACUUUAAAUGUAAGGAAAAUUGAGUUCUUUGAACCCUAAUUGGAAAAAAAAAAAAGGGGGGGGGGAAGGAUUCUACCAUGUUUUAACUUAGCCAGAUUACAUGGAAGGUAGAGCAUGGAACUGUUUGGCUCUAUAAAGAGAAAGCAUCCUUUUGUUUACUUUCAGGAAAUGCUAUCACUGUCUCUCAGGUUUUCCAUCAUUUACCUGUUAAGUCUCCUGUUUGGUGUCAGGUGCUGUCAUUUCAUGACAAAUGACUUCUGUGUAAAUGAGAACAAUUGUAUAUUAUUUUUUCUGUUGAGUUUUUUGUUCUGGUGUAAUAUAUUGUCCUUGCAACAUCAGAUAAAACUGAAAGAUGAACCAACUACACUAUUUAUAAUGAAUGUAUUAUAUAUAAAUAUAUAAAAAUACUGUAUUAUC